AGGAAAUUUUUGUCUACGUCGCUUUGUUUAACCGGUAUAGAGCAAAAACAAAAACGGUGGAAAAAUUAAAUCUCGAAAAUGCCGGGGUUAAACCGUCUACCCCCCGGGAUAAAUCAGUUUCAGGUUUGAUCGCCCAUGAAAUAUUAGACAUCUACACUGGAUUCGUGUUCAGCAUGCAUUACUCUUUAUAAUCAGCAUGCAUUUAUAAUCACGUACCUCGAGAUUUGGAGAGCAAAUAUUAUUGCAGAUAUUACAAAAUUCCCACACGCAGACAAUUUCACUUUUCACUACAAAAACACGUUUGUCCUCGUAAAAAUCAUAACACAGCAGGUCACCUGCCGAAACUCCGUUGGUCACAUGGGUACCAUAAGCAGCGUUUACAAUGUUAAUAGCGAGUUCGUUUACAAUAUACAGGUUCCGAGAUAUUUGAUUAGACGGAUUUACCCCGUAGACGUUUUAGCCCCGGUCUCCCCUAUCAUACAUUUUUGGAAAUACAAAGACAAAGGACGAUUCCGUCAUGAUAAAAAAUUAUGCAUUUUUAGUUAUUUGAUUGAAGUUACGGCUUUUAUUCGCUAAGUCGCUAGUCUGGCCGCAGCUUCGCGGACGCUAGUCCAACAUUAGGUGCGUUAUAUCGUUAGCGGUCCCAUUAUCGCGGUUCUGACGCGUGUACGUACGCAUCCGUGCAACGCAGCACGUCGCGGUGUACGUAGGCAACAUCCCGUAGCGACGCAUCCCCAGCUGAAUUUAGGAGAACCUCCUUUCAAGCGAACGGUUGCACGACGUUCGGUCGACAAUGUGCGAUUCGUGUAGAACCAGACGAGAGAUGCGGUAUAUAGGCGCGCCGCUCUCCCUUCGAGUAUGGCCUUAAAAGAACAAAACUUUCCGGCAAGCGGAUACUCGUGAGUAAACGGUGCCUGGUGUAUGGUAAUACACAUUGUUACAAUACAUUGUUAAUAUGGCGCGGCCACGGCACCGCUUGGUCAAUAUAUUUAGCGAAAAGCCGCCAGCAGCAUAUGUACAUACAGUUUUUCUUAGAAAAGAUACGCUAGCAAAUUGUCGGCAUCCUCAUCGUUGUCAUCCUCAACAGCAUCCUCAUCCUCACUAUUUUUGUUAACGUCUAGUAUUAUUUCGCGGACGGAAAAAGAGAAAAGAGAAAAAGAAAGCGAGAGGCGGAGCGCGACCAUUUAGACCAUUCGGUACUAUAGUUAUUAUUGUUACACUUGUUACUAUCGCUAGUAUGUGACUAUACUAGUUCUACUACUAAUAACUAAUAAUGCAAUUAUAGCCAUCGCUCGGCGUGGCAGGCGGAAAGCGGAAGCGUCGAGCUCUUGCUAGUUUCGAGGGGAACUUUUGUCAACCAGAGUCUUUCGAUAGUCGGUGACUUAUUUUGAUUUGUUCAAAAUACGAAUCGAGAAUAGAGAGAGAGAGAGAGAGAGAGAGAGAGAGAGAGAGAGAGAGAGAGAAAGAGGGGGAGAAUGCAGUUACAAAAUGGGAUCGCACAUCCAAUAGUGGAACCUUGUCAUCGACCAUCCCGAAUACUUCUGUUGCAUAUUGCAGAAAUUGCGAUCUUUCUUGUAUAUUGUUUUCGCAUCGCCCAUAGCGAUUAAUAUUAAUUUUAUUAACGUCAUAAUUAUAGCUUAGAUUUUCAAUAGACUCCUGGAUCUUUAACUUUUUGACAAUUACCUCAUGGCUCUUGGGGACCCUGCGAUUUUUAUACUUCCUUAUAAAUGCAUCGCAUAUUGCGGAGUACUUAAUUUUAGCGUACGCGUUCUCUGAUACCGAACCACUUUUGUAUCUACAUAAAAGGGUGACAGGGUAUAAGUUCGCUCUAUUUAAAAAAGAAAUCAGAGAAAAAACACGGGAAGCUUUCUGCAACGAUAAACAAAACUGAUUUCGCAACGGAUUUGGAAGUUCCCCUCGUAUGGAAUAUUCCUCGCGGCCUUUAGUUACUUAGACCGGAUGAAAAAACGUCGGACUAGUCUCUAGGUGCUAGUCUCUACGCUGUUGAUUUGUUAAAAGGAAAUAAAUGUUUAUUUCUUAAAAGACUAUUACAUUUGAUAUUUUUAUUUCACGUGUUCUCUUACCUCUUUAUCUCUGCCGAUUCUUUAAACGGAUCAUUCUCGCCAACGAUGACACUCGAGUGCUGAUGGAUCGGUGGGAACCUUUUAUUAUCAACUUUCUCGUUCUUCUUCGUUAACAUCUUGCUUCUUAAAAAGAAAAAUAACAAGAACUGUAAAUGUUUCUGUAACUAUGUAAUUUUUAAUUCGAGUACUUCCAAGCAAGAAUAUUUCCAAUCGUCGUAUCGAAUAUUUCUGAUGUCACGACCGUCCGAAAACAGCAUCGUAAAGUCAUCUUCACUCACGGGGCAAUUAUGAGCCAGGCAAUAAAGCAAUUAUCGUUGGCCGAUGAAUGAAUUGCACCUUCGAUCUUCCGAAAGAUCGCUCGGUGAAACCGAGAUGAGGCAGAACAGCCCUGGCGAUCGCACGAGGCAGAUCGCGUGAGUGAUUCUCGUGCAAUAAAGUUGUCGACGCGGAACAAACAUGCCCGGAGGUGUCGUAUUCUUGGUCUGCAUUCCCACUCUGAGCCACGAGCACGAACUUGUGUUCGGCGUGCCGCUGAAGUGCUCGAAGAAGAGCGAGAAGAGCAAGAAUAAAAUCGCGGCGCCGAAGGUGGACCUUCGUCUGAAGGAGGCGAAAACCCGCGCGCAAUUACUCACGAUCGAAAACGGUGGUCACGGUGACGACGAUGACGACGACGACGUCGGUAUUGACGUCGGCGUUGAACCUAGGAAACGUUCUCGCGGAUACCCCUCGCGAUCGAAAACGCCGGUUUUCGUGUCGAUGGAAACGGUACUGGAAGAGCUUCUCAAAAAACUGAGAGUAGAGCAUGUCGUGUGGUGCAAGGACAAGGAAGACAUGUAUUACGAGGUGAUAUUUCCGGUGCCCGCCGGAGAACCCUGCGAAAAUUGCAUACAUUGCCUCACCGAGAUGGGUAUCGGCGUUAAAAUGAACUCGAUAGUAAGCGUAAUCCCGACGCAAUGUACGUAUAGCGGUGUGAACGGUGCGGGAUCGCUGGCUGUCAAGGACGACGUUGCUCGCAGACGGAAAGAAUCGGAGGACCGUAAGAACGCUUGGAACGAUUUCGUGGGAUCUAUCAGAUCGAAAUUGACGGUGAAACAGGUGGUCGAUGGCGUUCGCAGUGGCGGUGAUCUUACUUUCGAUUACAUAAGUCUGGUAUUAACCGCGGACUGCCUCGCUGCACUUGGUCUCGUCGAGAACAGUGCAACCAAUGUCGUCGCAGCCAUGCUGGUUUCUCCCCUCAUGGGACCUGUGAUGUCUCUGACUUUCGGGACGAUCAUAGCCGACCGAGACCUGCAACUGGUCGGCCUGAAGAGCUUGAUGCUCGGUAUCUUCCUAUCAAUACUCUUCGGCUUCAUAUUUGGCCUCAUCCUCGGUACAACCGAAAUGCCAUGGGGUUAUAAUGAUUGGCCGACCGAUGAAAUGAAGGGCAGAGGCAACUAUAGAUCGCUCUGGAUGGGUGUUCUUUGGGCCCUUCCGUCUGGCACAGGUGUCGCAGUCGCUUUACUGCAAGGCAGCAAUGGACCGUUAAUUGGCGUCGCCAUAUCAGCUUCGUUACUACCGCCAGUCGUUAAUUGCGGCUUAUUUUGGGCUCUGGGAUGCAUAUGGCUCAUAUAUCGGCCUAUAAAAAUGCCCCAUAUCAAAGGCGAAUCUUACACAAACUUUAAUAGUUCCUAUACAUAUAUCUACAGUGAUUACUUGCCCGUCGAGUUCUUCUGCAACGGCAUUAUCAGCGCGUGUCUGACGUUUAUCAACGUAAUGUGCAUCUUUAUUACGGCGAUAAUCGUCUUGAAGAUUAAAGAAGUGGCCGCACCGUACACGUCAACACCGGAACUGCGUCGGUUUUGGGAGCACGACAUCCGGCUGGUUCGCGAUAAGAAUAUCUCUAGAGAUAACAGUUCCUUGGAUUCAAGUUUCUACGAUGGACUGAGUAAAACUAAACAACGAGCGUUGGAACGUACGCUAAACGAAGCAGUCAGAGAAGCGAUAAAUGACGAAACUUUCAGAAAAGUACAAAGACUUAGUUAUGGGCAACAUGGACCGGAAGAGAUUGGCUCUCGGUUUGGUCUUCAUGGUCGCGGAACCGCGGGUAGAAGCAACAUAAAAGAUAAUGGAAACGUCGAGGAAAUGAUAAGUGGAGAUUUACGGUCGCACAAAAACUUAGCGAAUUCUGGCAAUACAAGCGACGACUUGGCCGCAUUGGACCGUUUAAUAACGUAUCUUCUGAGCCCGCCAAGCAAUCCCGGUGGUAACAAUCUGGAUUCGUGGAGACGCUCUCAUCGAGCUAGUUCACGAGGCUAUAGACAAUUGCGUGGCACUGCUGCCGAUAUCGCGGAAACCGGUGGUGUUGGCACAACGCCUCUUUAAGCAUAAGUUGACAUUUAAAGCCAACAUCGCAUAUGAAAAUAGGAGUAGAAAAGCUGGUCUUGAUUUGAAUGUCAUAGAUGUAAGAUAAAACUAAUAAGGAUGAGGCACAUAUAUAGAAGUGAUAAAAUAACGUAAUUUUUUCUAAAGAUGUGAUAGAUUAUUGAUAUCUGCAUUUGUAUCACAAUUUACACAACGUAGCGAAUAUAAGAACUUUAAAUAGA